GGCCGUCCUGUGCGCGCGGCUCGUGUUUCCGGCAUGGGCCCCUCGCCGCUGGUCCCGGCGCUCUUGCUGCUCCUGUGUGGUCCGCGGUUCGCGUUAGGGUAACAGUUCUCGUUAAGUCCCUAAACGUCGGCUCCCCAGUGUCUCUGUUCCGGCUUACGAGCGCUGGUGUCGACAUGAAGUGGCGCGGCAAGUGCACGUCGUCUCCUAACUGCCUUCAGUCUGAGGGCCUGCUGGCUCCGUUCCUCUCCCUGAGGUAGCCGAAGUCCCCGUGGGAGUGCGUCAGAAGGAGCGCAGGAGGUUGCAGACAGAAACACGCGAAGAGGGUGCACGCUGCUGCCAUAAAGGAACGUAGGGCAAUGGGCAGACUACUAACAUGGUCCAGCUACCAGGUGGGAGAUUCCAGAUGGGAACAAAUUCUCCAGAUGGCAGAGAUGGUGAAGGGCCUGUCCGGGAGGUGACAGUAAAACCCUUUGCCAUUGACAUAUUUCCUGUCACCAACAAAGAUUUCAGGGAGUUUGUCAGGGAAGAAAAGUACCGGACAGAGGCUGAGAUGUUCGGGUGGAGUUUUGUCUUUGAGGACUUUGUCUCAGAUGAGCUCAGAAACAAAGUGACCCAUCAGAUGGAGUCUGUCCUCUGGUGGCUUCCAGUGGAAAGAGCGUUCUGGAGGCAGCCUGCAGGUCCUGGCUCUGGCAUCCGAGAGAAACUGGAGCUCCCAGUGGUACACGUGAGCUGGAAUGAUGCUCGUGCCUACUGUGCGUGGCGGGGGAAACGGCUGCCCACUGAGGAAGAGUGGGAGUUUGCUGCCCGAGGGGGCUUGAACGGUCAGGUUUACCCAUGGGGAAACCAGUUCCAGCCAAACCGCACCAACCUGUGGCAGGGAAAGUUCCCCAAGGGUGACAAGGCUGAGGAUGGCUUCCAUGGAGUCUCCCCAGUGAAUGCUUUCCCCCCCCAGAAUAACUACGGACUCUAUGACCUCAUGGGCAACGUGUGGGAGUGGACAGCAUCUCCAUACCAGGCUGCUGAGCAGGACAUGCGUGUCCUUCGGGGGGCCUCCUGGAUCGACACAGCUGAUGGUUCUGCCAAUCACCGGGCCCGGGUCACCACCAGGAUGGGCAACACUCCAGAUUCAGCCUCAGACAACCUAGGCUUCCGCUGUGCUUCCAGUGCAGGCCGACUGCCUGGGGAGUUGUGAACAGCCACGCAGAGCCGAGAAAAGCCCGGUGGUACCCGUGUCACUCCCACACAGCCACACUCCACACAGCCAAACUCCAGGCUCUUCAGCUUUAGCCUCAAGAAGGAGUUCCCUCCCCUUACCCCAUCCCUCUGUGGCAGACAUCUCUCAUCAGGCCAGGAGAGGACUCUGACCUCAGAGGAGGGGUACCGCUAUCUCUUGAAGAAGGGGCCUGACUCAGGGAUAGUGGCCCGGGAGCUGGCCGUUUCUCAUAGAGGUCAGAUAUUAACCAUAUAGGGCCAGUCCUUAAACAUCUGGGGCAGAAUGCUCUGAAAGGCCCGUCGUUAGAAAUUUUUAAAUUUGUUCCCUCUCCCUUUCUCAGUGCCUGAUGCAGGGAUCCCACAUUGUUUUCCGAAGACAGAAUUUCCCCAUUUUUCUUUGUUUCCCAGCGAACUGCUGUAGAAGGAAAAUCGUCCUUCAUUAGCCUCAUUUGUGGUGUUUCAUGUGCCUUUGAGAGAACCUGAUUUCCGCUGUUGGUCUGUAGAAGGCGGUAGCUGGGCUCUUUAAAGCACAGUGUGAGUCUUAAAAAGGUCUAGGAGAACUGAAUUAUGGACUAGACAAAACUACAUUGUGGGAGUCACAAAGUAAGUAACACUCCAGAGAAACAAAUACCAGAACCUUCCUUUUCUAUUAUUAAUUAUAUGAGGGCUUCCAUAUGCCUCUAAACACAUGUCCCUGGAAAGGAACCUGCUCCCAUGGUGUCGGUGUUGCGGGGUCAGUAAAAUUUCCACAAUUGUGUA